AUGCCUGCAAGUGGAUCAUCCUCCUUCUCUCCUGAUUCUCAAGACACUCGCCCCCGUAACCAGCGUGUCUCGUUAGCUUGUGAAUCCUAUCGGUCUCGGAAAAUCAAAUGCGAUGGCUCGAACCCCUGUUCUCGCUGUCGGCGUGUUGGGCAGGAAUGCGUUUUUCAAGGUCGGAAGAAGCGAAGGCCACGCAAACCCGAAUCGCUUCCUUCUCGCUCCCACACAACUUUGGCUCCUCCAGAUAAUCAACGUGUCUCUCCUGUCACCACUCAAGCACUGAAUGAUCCUGUAUACUUCAAAAAGCAAUUGGAACUGCGUGCAGGCUUUGGGGUCUCUAAUGCAGCCACCGGUUGUUUUCAAUUCUAUGGCCCUUCCUCACACUUCUCUUUCAUCCAAAGGAUAUAUCAGCGUAUCAAAAGACAAACCCUCAAUCGUCAGGACCAAACUUCGGCUACGGAUGUCGAUAAUUGGGGCCUGGAACGUUUUAUGUUCUCUGUUGACUCGGGUGAAGGAGUUGGACAAGGUCCAACACAAGCGUAUGUUUCUAAUGAGAUGGGUAUCAAGUUUAUUGAUGCCUUCUUUGAGAUUGUCCAUCCUCAAAUGCCAGUCUUUAGUUAUGAAGAGACUAUAGCUUCCUGGAAUUCUCUGUGGAAUCCACCUCGGGGUCGUGAGCCAAAGAAAGGUCAAGAGAUACUUUAUAUGAUGCUAGCACUUGGAGCCCAUUUGUCCCAUUCAGAAGGACGGCAAGAUUUGGAGUCAUCGGAAGGGUGGUCGGAGUACUUCUAUAGGUUGGCUAGCAGGGAUGCAAGUGAUUUGACGGACACGAGCUUGCGAUCUACUCAUUUUAUGCUCUUGAAGUCGUUCUAUGCCUUCCAAGUCAUGAAAUCCCAUGAAGCCUACAUAUACCUUGGACAUGCUGCUCGGAAUGCUCUCGCUCUUGGAAUUCACAGAGCGCAGGUUGUCGAAGGAGAUAACCUCACCAUCCAUCGACUAAGGAUAACAUUUUGGACCAUAUACAUGUUCGAACGAUCGUGUUCCCUUUUCAGCGGGCGCCCAUCAUCCUUUCGUGAUGAGUUGAUCGAUGCCCCAUACCCGAAUGACCUUCCCUUCGCCCUCGUGUCCGAGGGGCCCUCUGCACCUCAGUACCUUCACCCCACCUGCAAGUGUGCCUGGAUACGCUCCAUGGCGCAACUUGGUAAGAUCUCUGAUCGACUGUCUGUCGAAAUUUACUCCUCCAACGCCAUGACCAACCCCAAGGAUAUCCUUCAGGUUCGGCAAGCCACAAUUGCUUGUGACCUCCAACUUCAAUCGAUCACCCACGCUUUACCUUCCUACUUACACUUCUUUGACCAGAAUGCCCCCCUCGGGGAUGGUUGGCAGGAGGUUCAAAGAAUCAUGAUCGGAGCGCACUACUAUACUACACGCAUGCUUUUACAUCGACCCGCCCUUGUAUUCGCGACUCUCUUCGACUCGGGGUCUGACGCGGAGAAAUGCUCCUCUGGAACUAUGCACAUCAAUGAUUCCAUCGAGAUCUCGGUAGAAUCAGCCAAGAACCUCAUCAAUCUUGUAUACGAUGUCUUCUUCCAGCGGUAUCCUAAUGUAAAAUUCGAUGGAACCCCCGCGACAUUUUUAGUAUCCGCUUGCAUUACCUUACUCUAUUAUGUUCUUGAACACAAGUUCGACGCAGACUACGUUCGCAAUACUUUCUCGAUUGUGGAGAAAGGCAUUAGAUGUCUCGAUCAACUACAGCAUAUUGGCCCCACUAGCGGAAAGGCUAUUAGUCUUGAUAUAAUGAAAGUGGCGAAAGAUGCCUUCCUCUCCAUCAACAAUAAUUCUCAAGAGGAAGUCGAUCCCGAUUUCCUACGGCUUCAACUGCCAGAUUUACCUCCUUUGGAGAAUUCGCAUUUAUCUCACCUGGACUCCAUUCUCAUUGCACCAGAUGUCAACUAUAUGUCUCAUUGGCUUGAAGCCGGGUUUCAACCAGGGGAAAUACCUGAUUGUCUGUUCUAG